UUGACAGUUUCUUGCAUCUAUUUCUUGCAGGAAAGUGCAGAGGCUAAAAGGCUUAAAGAAGAGCGUCUAGCCCAAUAUGAAGCUAAGAAGUCCAAAAAGCCAGCACUUAUCGCUAAAUCAUCUAUUUUGUUGGAUGUGAAGCCAUGGGAUGAUGAAACUGACAUGGUCAAAAUGGAAGAGUGUGUACGUUCAGUGACUAUGGACGGCUUACUUUGGGGUGCUUCCAAACUGGUUCCUGUGGGUUAUGGCAUCAAAAAGCUACAGAUUCAAUGUGUAGUUGAAGAUGACAAGGUGGGAACAGAUAUGCUGGAAGAAGCUAUUGUUGCAUUUGAAGAUUAUGUACAAUCUGUUGAUGUUGCAGCCUUCAACAAAGUGUAGAAUGACAACAAAUGAACACUUAAUAAAAACUGGCAUGUCCAGAA